CUACUCUAUUCAUUCCUUGUCUACCACGAUAUUGUAAUACGAUAUUAUAUACUCCGUAUACUCCGUAUACUCCGUAUACUCCAGCUACGACCAUGUCAAAAGAUGAAGAAAAAGCCCCCAGUCCAGACGAAACGGACGUCCAGGCCGGCUUGAUGGACGAACGAGACACCCUCCGCCAGGGCCUCCACGAACGACACAUCCAGAUGAUCGCCCUCGCCGGCACCAUUGGAACCGGCCUGUUCCUCAGCUCCGGGCGCGCCAUUGCCAACGGCGGCCCGCUGGGCGCCUUUCUGGGCUACACCAUCAUCGGCGCGUCGCUGUCAUCGGUGCUGUUUGCCGUCGGCGAGAUGGGCGCCCUGGUGCCGCUGAGCGGGGGGAUUGUGCGAUACGCGGAAUACUUCUUCGAUCCGGCGCUGGCCUUUGCCAACGGCUGGAACCUGGUGUACAGCUAUCUCGUCAGCAUCCCCGCCGAGAUCGUCGCCGCCGCCGUGCUGGUCGAGUUCUGGGUCACCAUCAGUCCCGCCGUGUGGGUGACCGUCUUCGGCCUGUUGAUGCUGCUGACGGCGCUGCUGUUCGUCCGCGUCUACGGCGAGCUGGAAUACGGCUUUUCCAUCCUCAAGAUCCUGCUGAUCGUCGGCAUCAACAUCAUGGCGCUGGUCAUCACCUGCGGCGGCGCGCCGAACCACGAGGCCAUCGGCUUCCGAUACUGGAACCACCCGGGCCCCUUUGUGCAGUAUCUCGGCAUCAAGGGCUCGCUGGGCCGCUUCCUGGGCUUCUGGACCGUCCUGAACAACGCCCUGUACUCCUACUCCGGCAUCGAGACCAUCACCACCGCCGCCGCCGAGACGAGGAACCCGCGCCGGGCCAUCCCGCAGGCCGCCAAACGCAUCUUCAUCCGCAUCGCGCUCUUCUACAUCAUCACCAUCUUCAUGGUCGGCCUGAUCGUCCCCUCCAACAACCCGGACCUGCUGUCCAUCGACUCGGGCAACGCCAGCGAGUCGCCCUUUGUCAUCGCCGCCAAACUCGCCCACAUCAACGUCGUGCCCUCCAUCAUCAACGCCGUCGUCCUCACCUCGGCCUGGUCGUCCGGCAACUCCAACAUGCUCGGCGGCUCGCGCAUCCUCUACGGGCUCGCCAUGCACGGCCACGCCCCCAGCAUCUUCAAGCGCAUGAACCGCUUCGGCGUGCCCGCCAUCGCCGUCGGCCUGUUCGGCGUCUUCAUGACGCUGGGCUACACCGCCGUCUCCAGCACGGCAAGCACCGCCUUCGACUGGCUACAGGAUCUGGUCAGCAUCUCCACCCUCAUCAACUGGAUGAGCAUCUGUAUCGUCUACCUGCGUUUCUACUACGCCUGUCGCAAGCAGGGCAUCGACCGCAACCGCGAGCUGCCCUGGGCCGCUCCCUGGCAGCCGUGGACGACGUGGGCCUCGUUGAUCCUCUUCACCAUCCUCUUGAUCACCGGCGGGUACGCAACGUUUAUCCACGGGGAAUGGAGCGAUGAGACCUUCAUUACGGACUAUAUCAACAUUCCCAUCAUUCUGGUCCUCUACUUUGGGUACAAAUGGACCAAAAAGACCAAGAUUGUCUCGCUGGAGGAGAUGCCCAUUCGACAGUGGAUUGACAUCUAUCAGUCCGAGCCUGUUGUUGAGGAGCGGUCGAAUUUCAUCGAGCUGUUGUGGAAAUAGAUUCUCAUACG